GCAUAUCCAUGUGGCCCUUCCUGAGCAAUGAUCUCUUCCCACCCCCUACUGAAGCCUGGCUCCAGAAAGUCUCCUCAGAUCCUGAAGCCCAAGGUUGGGGGGCCUGGGGAAAGACUGAAAAGACAGCUUUGGGGCCAGAGUCUGGGACAGGAACAGAGAGUGAGGAGGAAGUUGAUAAAGAUGAGGAAGAUGCAGGCUUCCUGCUGUCCAUGCUGGAGGAAGAAACCCUGGCCAAGUCUCCAGUAUACAACCAGGAGUUGGAGGCCAUCAAGCUGAAGCUGUGGGCCAUGGAGCAUGCUGAGGCCCUGCCGGAGCCACCCUAUGUACAGAGAAAGGCCACAGAGGAAGAGGGGGCUGAGGUCAGACAGCUGCUGAGCCCUGAGAUCAUGGGCUGCUUCUUCCCUGGGACCCCCAAGGAGAAGGUGGAGGCUGACCACAGAUCUGUCUAUGUAGGCAAUGUGGAUUAUGGAGGCUCUGCUGCUGAGCUGGAGGCCUACUUCAGCCCCUGCGGGGACAUUCACCGGGUCACCAUCCUGUGUGACAAGUUCUCUGGACACCCAAAAGGCUAUGCCUACAUAGAGUUUGCUUCCCAGAGCUCUGUCCAGGCUGCUGUGGAGCUGGAUGAGAGCACCUUCCGAGGUCGGGUCAUCAAGGUACUUCCUAAAAGGACGAACUUCCCAGGAAUCAGUUCCACAGAUCGUGGUGGGCUGCAGACACACCUGGGCAGCAGGGCCCAGCCCUUCCUUCAUCGAAGACCUCGGUUCAGACACUAUGGACAGAGCCGGUAAGUGGGCCCG